UCAGGAGUUGUAGAACCAAGGUUCCAGUUCUUAUGCGACUUGCUAGAGAAGCUGGAAGUUGCUUUUUUGGGGCGAAAACCGGUCAGGGAGGAAAGGCUGUAUUUCGUCCGCUGGACCACCACCUCAGGGGAACGAUGGACGCAGAGUCCACAGCCACUGCCGCCAUCUCUGCGGAGCUGGCUUCUGCCGACAAAAUUGAAGAUGAUGCUCCUGCUCCUUCUACCUCUGCAGAUAAAGUGGAGAGUUUGGAUGUGGAUAGUGAAGCUAAGAAGCUAUUGGGCUUAGGACAGAAGCAUCUGGUGAUGGGGGAUAUUCCAGCAGCUGUCAAUGCUUUCCAGGAAGCAUCUAGUCUUUUAGGUAAAAAGUAUGGAGAGACGGCUAAUGAGUGUGGAGAAGCUUUCUUUUUCUAUGGGAAAUCUCUUCUGGAGUUGGCAAGAAUGGAGAAUGGUGUUUUGGGAAAUGCCCUGGAAGGUGUGCAUGUGGAAGAGGAGGAAGGAGAAAAAACAGAAGAAGAAUCUCUGGUAGAAAAUAAUGAUAACAUAGAUGAGGAAGCAAGGGAAGAGUUGAGAGAACAGGUUUAUGACGCCAUGGGAGAAAAAGAAGCAAAAAAAACGGAAGACAAGUCUCUGGUAAAGCCUGAAAUUGAUAAAGAACAGGAGACUGAACAGGAGAAGGGUGAAAGAGAAGAUAUGGAUAUAAGUGAGCCUGCAGAGUUACUACAGGAAAAAGUUGAAUCAACUCCAGAUCACUUAACUGAAACCACUGAAAAGGCAAAAGGAGUAGCAGCAUCAGAAGGACUGAUUGAAGCUGAGGUCAUUGCUGAGAAGCCAGAAAACGAAACACCUGAUGUUGAGGAAGGAAAAUCAGUUUCUGUAACAGAAAUCCAAGAAGAGUAUAGCGAAAAAGGUCAGGAGAAACAGGAAGAAGUAAUUGUGAACCUAGAGGAGAAGCCAGAAGAAGCUUCAGAAGAGCAGCCCACUGUGACUCUAGAAAAGCAGGCCACUGCAGUGGAGGUAGAAGCAGAGCCUAUAGAUUCAACAGUCAAGCCGGUGGAUGUGGGUAGGGAUGAGCCAAAGGAGCAGGUAGCUGCCUCUAAAAAUGAUCCAGGAAAAGCUGUUCCUGAGCAGUUGGUAGGGCAAGAAAUGCCUCCUGCUGAAGAGUCACCAGAGUUAACAACAGAGGCUGCAAAAGAUGGGUCACAAGCCUCUGAGAAGCCUGGGCAGGAGGCCAAAGUUCUCUCUAAGGAUGGUACAGUCAGUGGACUGUCAGCUGCAGGAGAUCAGACUCCUGAACCAGAGACUAAUGCAGAAGGAUUAACAGAAAGAAAAGCUGGCUCAGGACUAGAAGAGGGCAGGGCAGAGUUGGUUCCUAACCAGGAGGAGACCAAGCUGUCUCUAGAAGAAUCUGGGGCAGCUGGAAAUGGGUUUGAGACCAAGGUAGCCCAGGGGGGUACUGAGAAAUCCCCUGAAGACAAAGUUAAGAUAACUGCUAACGAAGAAACACAAGAGAGAGAAGAACAGAUGAAAGAGGGUGAAGAAACUGAGGGCUCAGAAGAAGAGGAUAAAGAAAAUGACAAGGCUGAAGAAACACCAAAUGAUUCAGUUCUUGAAAACAAGUCACUUCAAGAAAAUGAAGAGGAGGAGAUUGGGAACCUAGAGCUUGCCUGGGAUAUGCUGGAUUUAGCAAAGAUCAUUUUUAAAAGGCAAGAAACAAAAGAAGCUCAGCUUUAUGCUGCACAGGCACAUCUUAAACUUGGAGAAGUUAGUGUUGAAUCUGAGAAUUAUGUCCAAGCUGUGGAGGAAUUCCAGGCUUGCCUAAACCUGCAAGAGCAGUACCUGGAAGCCCAUGACCGUCUCCUUGCAGAGACCCACUACCAGUUGGGCUUGGCCUAUGGGUACAACUCUCAGUAUGAUGAGGCAGUGGCACAGUUCGGCAAAUCUAUUGAAGUCAUUGAGAAGAGAAUGGCUGUACUAGAUGAGCAGAUGAAGGAGGCUGAAGGAUCACGUACUGAAUAUGAGAAAGAAAUUGAGGAGCUGAAGGAACUGCUACCUGAAAUUAGAGAGAAGAUAGAAGAUGCAAAGGAGUCCCAGCAUAGUGGGAAUGUAGCUGAAUUGGCUCUGAAAGCAACUCUGGUAGAGAGCGCUACUUCAGGUUUCACUCCUAGUGUAGGAGGCUCUUCAGUCUCCAUGAUUGCCAGUAGAAAGUCAACAGAUGGUGCUUCCUCAUCAAAUUGUGUGACUGAUAUUUCCCACCUUGUCAGAAAGAAGCGGAAACCAGAGGAAGAGAGUCCCCGGAAAGAUGAUUCAAAGAAAGCCAAACAAGAGCCGGAGGUGAAUGGAGGCAGUGGGGAUGCAGUCUCCAGUGGAAAUGAAGUUUCUGAAAACAUGGAGGAGGAGGCUGAGAAUCAGGCUGACAGCCGGGCAGCAAUGGAGGGGACAGUGGAGGCUGCAGCUACAGUUGAAAGCACUGCAUGUUAAGAGGGAAAAGAGCCUUCCUCCCAAGGGAAAGUGUUUUUGUAUAUAAUGUAUUUUUUCACUUUUGGGGGAUUUUGUAUAACUUCAAUAAAGAUUGUAUGCAAAGGUU